UUUUUCCAGCUGCAAAAGUAUAAUAUAAUCUGAUUUAAUCUGUUUAAAACUUAUGGGUCGGAUCAGAUUUAGUUUGAAACCCAAACCCCCGAUAAAAAUGUUCACGUGUAAGUGGAAGUGUGGGGAGGUAUCGGGUAUACACCCGCCAACUCGUAUGCCAACCCAGUCAAUUAACGAAUCGUUUCAUCUUGGAUCAUACACAGUGCAGCCUUGCACGAAUGCUAGCUGCCAGGUUCUUCAGAACCGAUACUGUUUCGAUACUCCGUAAGAAUUGCUUAAUAUCAAAGCGCCUACCGUUCUUACAGAUAUGGACUUAAAAGAAGCUUUGCUGGCUGUUAAGGAGCAGAAGAAGAAGAGAGUAGUAACUCAAGCAUGGAGACCAGUCUCAACUCAAAGUUCUAGUGAGGGUAUUAUUUCUAAGGGUGGUGAAUCUGAAGCAGCUCGCUCAAAUUUGUGCUCAAACACAUCCAAGACCUGUACUGGAGGAAGUAAUGCAGUAGGAGAAACAACACCUUCUGUUGAUGAGCAACAAAUUUCACCCGCUGAAAAGCAUUCACUUUCAAUAGAGGCAGGGGCUUCAUUAAUGCGUUUCAUAAAGGGGAAAGGGGGAGUCACACAGAAAAAGAUUGAGCAGGAUAUGGGUGUUCAAGUUUUUUUUCCUUUAUCCCAAAAGGAAGAUUCUAUCACUAUUGAAAGCAAUUCUGCUGAAAGUGUUGCAGGAGCCUCAGAAAGAAUCAAAACUAUAAUUGAUGAGGCGGUUAAUAGCCCAAAUCUGGACUACUCCCACUUUGUGUCGCUUCCACUGGCCAUACAUGUUGAUCUGGUAAAUAAGCUCAACACCUUUCAAAGUUCAAUUCUUGGAGCUACAGAAGUUAAUGAAGAAGGGAAUUUGGAAAGCAAUUCAAAUGAAGACACUUCAGGUGAGGAAGAUGAGGGCAUGGCUAUUGGUAAAGCUCCAAAGGUCGUGGUGGAACCCAAAAGUAAAAAUGAUUGCAAGAAUGUUAAUGUUGAUGUACCUAAGAUAGCACUUGUUAGUUAUGCACCUAAAGCUUCCAAGUCAUCUACCACUGAAGUAAAUCGAUCUAAACUGCCCGGGAUUCAGAAGUCUACUUUCAUUAAUCCAAAAACAUUUCACCUAACUGUACUCAUGCUGAAGCUAUGGAACAAGGCCAGAGUUGAAAAGGCUGCUCAGGUUUUGCAGAGCAUUUCAUCAAAAGUAAUUGAAGCCUUGGAGAACCGGCCUGUCUCUGUACGACUUAAGGGAUUGGAGUGCAUGAAAGGUAGCUUCGCCAGUGCCCGUGUUUUGUAUGCACCUGUAGAAGAAAUUGGUAGUGAAGGACGACUUUCACGUGCUUGUCAAGUGAUCAUUGAUGCAUUCAUUGAAGCUGGCCUUGUUCUUGAAAAGGAUACACAACAGAAAUUAAAGUUGCAUGCCACUGUAAUGAAUGCAAGACACACGACCGGAAGGAAGAAGUGGCCUAGACAUAUUCGUCCCUUUGAUGCAAGAACCAUAUAUGAGCAAUAUGGAUCUGAAGAAUGGGGAGAGUAUCUUAUCAGUGAAGCCCAUCUCUCACAGAGGUUUGCGUAUGAUGAAAAUGGGUACUACCAUUGUUGUGCUUCUAUUCCUUUUCCUGGAGACUCUUAGCUACCCCUAUGUCUCAUGUUUCUCUUAAACAACUAUUCAUUCUCCCAUCAACAUGGAAGCUUGGUUUGCGUUGUAUCUAAUGAAAUAAUGAUCAGCUUUCCCAUUGAACAACUUGUCUGGUUUGUCGGCAUUACCAAAGUUGGCGAGUUGAUAAUAGCUCGCCUUCUUUAUUUGCAACCAUUAGGUCAUUAGCAGUGUAUACCCACAAUCUUGGGUGUCUCAGACUCGGCGUAGACUAGACUGAGGAUAUUAAACAGUUUUGGUGCACAAGUGAAAGUGAAGGUGAUUGCAUGUAGCUAACUAGUUGUCUGUACAUGGCUUCUGUACUACCUCAGCUAACUAAGAUAGUAGAUCCUGGUCAUCUCUUUCAAGCCUGUAAGGCUUUUAUAA